AGUCAGGCUACACAGAACAAAGGAAACUGAAGAGAGAAGAACGUGCAAGAUGGCAUCCGCCUUCCGGAGCGAAGAGAUGAGUCUGAUGCAACUUUUUCUUCAAGUGGAGUCUGCCUAUUGCUGUGUGGCGGAGCUUGGAGAGUUGGGUCUGGUUCAGUUCAGAGAUUUGAAUCAAAGUGUGAACAGCUUCCAGAGGAAGUUUGUGAAUGAAGUGAGAAGAUGUGAAUCCUUGGAGAGAAUUCUUCGUUUCUUGGAAAGUGAAAUGGGUGAUGAUGUACAGCUUCCCAAGCCUGAAAAGUAUCCAGAGACUCCUCUACCUCGAGAAAUGAUUGACCUCGAAACAAUUCUGGAAAGAUUGGAUGGGGAAUUGCAAGAAGCCAACCAUAACCUGCAGACUUUGAGGCAGAACUUCUUAGAACUCACAGAACUGAAACAUCUCCUGAAGAAAACCCAGGAUUUCUUUGAGACGGAAACUAAUUUGCCUGAUGAUUUCUUCAAUGAAGACACUUCUGGACUACUGGAGUUAAGAAGCACUCCUGCAGCAGUUGCAGCUAAACUGGGAUUCAUAGCUGGAGUAAUCAAAAGGGAAAGGAUGGGUCCCUUUGAGCGUCUACUAUGGAGAGCCUGUCGAGGAAACAUCUACCUGAGAUUCAGUGAAAUGGACACUCCCCUAGAGGACCCAGUCACUGUAGGUGUUGAUAAGUCUUUCCUUCUGAUACCUCCAGGUUUAUAUUCAGCAUGCACUCCCUGUAAAUUUCUUCCAUGCUGUUUGGUUAUGACUAUUUUAAAAUUCUAUCUGUGUUGCAUUUCUUUUUCUCAGCAAGAAGAGAUGAAGAAGAAUGUCUUCAUCAUUUUCUAUCAAGGGGAGCAACUCAAACAGAAAAUCAAGAAGAUUUGUGAAGGAUUCCGCGCCACGGUGUACCCCUGCCCUGAGUCUGCUGCAGAACGUCGAGAAAUGGCUGAUGGAGUGAAUACAAGGAUUGAGGAUCUAAAUACAGUGAUCACCCAAACAGAGUCCCUCCGCCAGGAGCUGUUGCAGCAAGCAUUUACAAACCUGUGGACCUGGGAGGUUAAGGUGAAGAAAAUGAAGGCCAUCUACCACAUCCUCAACUCGUGUAACAUUGAUGUCACCCAGCAGUGUGUUAUUGCCGAGAUCUGGUUCCCUGUGGCAGACACUGGUCGGAUAAAGAAAGCUCUAAAUCAAGGAAUGGAACGCAGUGGUUCUACAAUCAAUCCUAUCCUGACAGCAGUUCAGUCCAAGAUGGCUCCUCCUACCUUUAACAGAACCAAUAAGUUCACUGCAGGCUUCCAGACGAUCGUCGAUGCCUAUGGAGUGGGAUCUUACAGAGAGAUCAACCCAGCUCCCUACACUAUAAUUACCUUCCCCUUUCUGUUUGCGGUGAUGUUUGGUGAUUGUGGUCACGGCGCUGUUAUGCUUGGUUUUGGUCUAUGGAUGAUACUGAAUGAAAAAUCCCUUUUAGCCCAGAAUAAUGAUAAUGAGAUCUGGAAGACGUUUUUUGGCGGUCGCUACCUGAUUCUGCUCAUGAGCAUCUUCUCCAUCUACACUGGCUUCAUCUACAAUGACUGCUUCUCUAAGUCAUUCAACAUAUUUGGAUCUUCCUGGCAUGUCACCCCCAUGUUCAAUAAAACAUGGACAGAUGAAAUUGUUAAAGCAAGUGAGGCUCUGCAGCUGGACCCAAAAGAGCCAGGAGUGUUCUCUGGGAAUCCCUAUCCUUUUGGAAUUGAUCCGAUAUGGAACAUUGCUAAGAACAAGCUGACUUUCUUGAAUUCUUACAAAAUGAAGAUGUCCGUUGUCAUGGGGAUUACGCACAUGCUCUUUGGUGUUGUACUCAGCCUCUUCAACCAUAUCUAUUUCAAGAGAACCAUAAACAUCAUCCUCCAGUUUAUCCCAGAGAUGAUCUUCAUCCUCUCCCUGUUUGGUUACCUGGUUUUUAUGAUUAUUUUCAAGUGGUGCCACUAUGAUGUCAGAGAUGCCCAAACUGCUCCAAGUAUCCUUAUCCACUUUAUCAACAUGUUCCUAUUUAGUUACAACGAUAAGGCAAACCGCCCCUUAUAUGAGCAUCAGCAAGAAGUGCAAACCUUCCUGGUAAUUUUUGCCUUGAUUUCUGUUCCUUGGAUGCUAUUGAUUAAGCCCUUCAUCCUUCGUGCUGAACACCAGAAAUCUCGACGUAGGCUGGUAUCUCCUGAAAUAUCAGAAAGUCCCACAGGUGAAAUCGAGGUGAAGAUCAUUGAUUCUAAGCCCUCCGAAAAAGCGAGCCAAGAAGACCACAGUGAUGGUGUCCGUGAGGUCCAUGAGGGACAUGAUGACCAUGACGAAGAGUUCAACUUUGGAGACAUCUUUGUCCACCAGGCUAUCCACACCAUUGAGUACUGCCUAGGUUGCAUUUCUAACACAGCCUCCUACCUUCGGCUCUGGGCCCUCAGCUUGGCACACGCACAGCUCUCAGAGGUUCUUUGGACCAUGGUGUUCAAAAUUGGACCUUCCUCUGGUGGCUGGGGAGGGCUCAUCAUCAUCUUCAUUAUCUUUGCUGUUUUUGCUGUUCUGACUAUAGCCAUUCUGCUGGUCAUGGAGGGCCUCUCCGCCUUCCUGCAUGCUCUGCGACUUCACUGGGUCGAGUUCCAAAACAAGUUCUACUCUGGGUCAGGCUAUAAAUUUACACCAUUCUCUUUCAAGCACAUCUUAGAAGGAACAGAAGAAUGAAACCAGUUUGGAGCAAAGAAGUCAGAAUCUUUUAGGCUUGCUGCUGUUUUUCUGCUAUUUUUUUUAAAUGCUCCAAGGAUUUAUAGUGGAACAGCAUGCCAUAUAUUGCACGUGGCUAUGUGAGAAGAUUGCCCUUGCCCCAGCAAGCUGAUCCAAAGCUUCACUAAGAAAGUGUGUGGAGAAUAAUUUUUCUAUCAGAAGUAAUUCUUCUAUAAUCAUUGUAAAAAUAUGAUUCUGUGAGUCAAUUAAAAAUACAGAUCUUAA